AUGGAAGUGGGAGUAGGAGCUGGCAUCUAUUGUGCGGAAUUGAGCAUAAGAAUGCCGUUUAAACUUCCCAACUACUACAGUGUCUUCCAAGCAGAAGUGUUUGCUGAUGAAACGAGAAACUACUGCAUAAAUUUCUAUGUGGAUAGCCAAGCAGCCAUUAAGGCGAUCAAAUCUUACUGGUCAUCAUCCAAAAAUGUUCUAGAAUGCAAGGAAGCUAUAGCAAAACUAGCCUGCAACCGCAGACUUUGUAUGUACUGGAUUCCUGGUCAUAAAGGCAUAGAGGGAAAUGAGACAGUUGAUGCUAUUGCUAAAAAUGGCGCAAAACUUUCAGAGGAACAAACGAGGUAA